GAGCAUAGACGCCCCGAGUCUCAAGAGCUUAAUUCGACGACCGUGAUACAUCGAGGAACCAACCCAACCCCUCCAGCGCUACACCGCGGUGUUGCCAGUUGAAACAAACAACAAAUAAAACAUAUCAACACCACCGACUCAUCAUCACAGAUUGGCAACAAUGGGCUGGAAAGCUUGGGAGCUCGACCCGGAGAAGAUCCCCCUCUUCAAAUUGAUCUUCCACGUUGCCCAGAUUGUUUUGGCCUUUGUAGUAUGGUGUUUGGAGAUUGCCGUCUUCAAGGCUGAUAAGGUGCCCAUCAAUGGCCAAAUUGGCUGGACCUUUGCAGUGUUCUUCAUUUCGAUACCCGCGUGGAUCUACCUAGGCAUGGCCCCGCGCUUCCCUCGGACACGCAAGCUCGCCCAGCCGCAUGCCAUGCUCGCUGUUGACGCCGCAUUCGCCAUCAUCUGGAUUUCUGCCUUUUCCACCCAGGCUGCAUUUAAUACUGCUGGAUCAUGCAUGUCUGUAUGCGGCAUCAGCAAGGCCAUCGUCGGUCUUGGCUUCUUUGUUUUCCUCUUCUUCUGUGUCACCACGUUCCUGAGCAUCUACACCCUCAUGUAUUACAAGUGGAACAACCGCCUCCCCGGCUACGACAACCUGCACGCCCGCAACCAGAACAUCGACCCCGACAAGGCCGCCUUUUCGCUCGCCCCCCACGACGAAGAAGCCUACGCGCCCGUCAACAUGAACGACCGGGACGACGAGCACAGCCAGAUCGGCGGCGGAAUCGGCGGCCACUCGGACUACGACGACACCAACACGCACCUCGGCGGCCAGAUGGGCGGCGGCGGCGGCGGACGCUCCGACUACUCAGACCCCUACGGCGCCCCGACGGCUAGCAGCCUCUCGGUCGACCCGUACCGGGGCCACACGCCCCUGAGCAACAUGACGCCCGAUCCGUACCGCGGCCAGACCCCUCUGAGCAUGAACACGGCCCACACGGUCGACCCGUACCGCGGCGCCACCCCCCUGACCGAUUUAUCUGCUGACCCAUACAACCGCGGCGUGACGCCGAGCUACCUGGGAAGCCAAACCAGCCGGUACGGCGCCAGCUCGGUGGCGCCGUCGGAGAACCCGUUCAGGCAGGAUAACCCGUUUGAUAAUGACAACGACUAUCAAUCCUCCGUCGGCGGCGGGAGCAGGUAUGCGCCGCCUAGCGUGCAUGAUGGGGACUACGAGGAUGAGCCAUCGACGAGAUUCCCCGCCGCCCCCUACGGCCGGGUAGGAAUCGAACGUGGGAACGUGUAAAAAGGGAUAAAAGAAGAAGGGAGGGGAACUGAAGUCAUGGGAUUUGGAAGAGCUGGACUUGGCUGGUUGACUUUGGAUUUGGAAGCGGAUAAAAUACCGGGUAGCCAAGGUAUACGCUGCAGCAUGCUUAGGUCAUGUGUAAAGUGUCUUGGCUACCUGCUUUCUCUUUUGUUACUUAUGGGGGCUGGCUGGCAUUAGACGAAACAUUUGGGCUUUUUCUUCUGUAUGUAUGUGUGUAGGCUUUUGCUUUAUGGGGUGUCGUUGGCGAGGCGUCACAGGUCCUUGUUGAUUUAUCAUGCAUGAAAAAAGGAGAGAGAUACCUUUAUGAUUCA